AUGCAUGGAACAACAAUGGAAGAUAUUGUUAGAGACCACACCUGGACAUACACCCAACAGAAAAAGAAAACAAACAACAAAUGUGGGAGUAAAGCAAACAAGAACAAAAAAAAGAAAGAUACAUGUGGUAAAACUGUCAAAAAAUCUAAAGGUGCCGAAAACCACGACAGUGAUGAUGAGGAAAAUGAUGGAAAUUCACCUGCUGUCACAAGAGAAGCUAUAAAAACAGCAGUUGAUUCACUUCUUAGAAGUCGGAAUGAAAAAAAUCAUAUCACCACACCACCACUUGUUGCAGCCAAACCUCAACAGACCUCAUAUGAGGAUGAUUCCCAGAGAGUUCAACAACAAUCUUAUGAAAAUCAGUCACAUGUACCACAUCCUCAGAUAUCGCAACAACAUCCGUCGCACCAACCUGUUCAACAACCAGUCUCUAUUCAUAAGGAGCUACACUUACCAGUAACUCCACAACUUUCACAACAAAAUGAGUCAUGUGUACCACAUCCUCAGAUAUCGCAACAACAUCUGUCUCACCAACUUGUUCAGCAACCAAUCUCUAAUCACAAGGAGCUACACUUACCAGUAACUCCACAACUUCCACAACAAAAUGAGUCAUGUGUACCAGUCACUCAACUGUCUCAGCAAAAUAAAUGGCAUGAUAUACCUCUUCAUCAACAAAUGUCUCAGCAAAAUCCAUCAAUGCAAAUACCACUUCAUCAAUUAUCCCCUCAACAAAGUCAGUCAUCUUUACCAGUUCCUAAACAACUUUUUCAACAAAAUCAGUCGCAACAAUUAUAUCCUUAUAAUUCAAACAUGUUUAACCAGCCAAGUACAUCAAAUGGACAGAACUCCUUUCCAUACAUGAGUAUGCUCAUGAACAACAAUGACCAUCAAUUUCAGCAGGACAUACAAGUACCACCAAUUAGACAAAGCCUAGAGACUGCAUAUAAUUGGCCAAUCUCCAGCCAUACCAGUUCCUUCUGUGAAAGUGGGACUUCUUUUGAACCCUUGAUAGAACAGGUCAUAAGUGAUGAUGAGAAGGAAGAUACUGGUGAUCAAAGUCAAUGUCACAAAUGCUGUGACCAACUUAAAUAUUUAAAAAAAGAAAUAAAAGAACUGAAAAAGGACGUUGAAAAACUAAAAAAGAAGUCUAAGGUGAGUGCAAAACAUAUUUGGCAUGAAGGUUUAUCCUCUGCUAUUCUGUAUUGA